CGCCGGAGACGUGGUGGGUGAACCGUUCAUUCCUAUACCACGGUAUAUACCUCCGAAGGUGACUCAAUUUAUUUUGGCCCAUUUAUAGCAGCGACGAAGCAUUAGGUAUCUAGAUCAUCCGCCCAAGAUGUACGUCUUCGGCACUCGAGUCUUUCUAGCAACGGCUUUGGCCUUGUGCCAAGUAAACGCCUUCCGGACGCCUAUAACAGGUGAUGACUUCGAUUUUACUGCGACCUACAAGUCCGGACUUAAAAUAACACAAUCUAAGCCACCCAAAGAUGUUUUGUCCGCCAAGGAGAUCGUGUUCGAGCAGCCGGCAGUCGUACUCACGGACCCGGGCAGCGCCGGACGGGGCGAUCGCUAUCUCGCUUUCCUAGAGAUAUCAUACGUUCCGUGGGUCGACAUGGUCGAUGACACCAUCUACUCUUUCCCGUGGAUCAAGACGAAUCUGAUAGUUACGGAGAACGGCACCUUGAGCGACGAGCUAGACGAAUCGGAGUCCAGAGACCGCACUGACGAGAUCGAGACUUCCGAGAUCCGGAACGCGACAAUUCACGUCUGGAAACAGAACCCCGAGUUAAUGCACUUCAUCGAGGACGACUUUAUGCCUGUGUUCUGGCAGUUGGCGACCGUCUGGUCUAACGCCACCAGCAAGAUUGACAUGGACUUCCCGCGGGCGAGUGUCGACUUCAAGGUGCGCAACGAGACAGGCAAGUUUAGGGGCGACGUGGACGAGAAUGGUGCGAGCAUCGUGGGAUAUGUCUCUACCUCCACAGCGGCCAGCACAACAGCAGUCCCUACUGAUGUACCAAGUACCACUACCGGAUCAGGCUCGGUGCCAGCAUCUACAACGGCGGGUGCGGGAGAACCCGCAUCGACUCCUAAUACUGCUUCGAGUCAACCCAUCUCCUCGGCUUCUUGGGUUAUAACGUUCUCGGGUUUAUCACUUUUCGUUUCGGCAAUCUCUGCGAUCUGACCAAGAUCGCAUCUCUGCUCGACGAUCUAAUAAUCUAAUACUUUGGCUCAGCGGUUUAUAUCUCACAGAUUUCUUCCUAUUAGCACAAUUACUAUCACACUCUACCUAUCUAACCUGGUAGGAGGAAACAAAGGACAUCGUGAACACAUACUUACAAGCGCAACAUUUCAACGCUGUAUCCUCGUUCAUGU